GCUGUCUUCUUCAAAAUCUCUUCGAAGCUUCGAUAAUCAUACGGAAUGGGUGACAAGAAGAAGAAGACUUUCAUGUUCAUUCGUCUUGUGUCGGCUGCUGGGACUGGAUUCUUCUAUGUCAAGAGGAAGAGUGCUAAGAAAGUAGCUGAGAAACUUGAGUUCCGGAAAUAUGAUCCUCGGGUAAAUCGUCAUGUUCUGUUUACAGAACAGAAGAUGAAAUAGAAAGCCGGAAUUAUUAGCUGUUUCUUUUGAGUUAAGACUUUUGAAGAAUCAAUGUAGAACUGUUUAUUUCUCUUGGUAGGAAGCUUCAAAUUAUGGGCUGUUGAGAAUUUUUUUCUAAAGCAUUUUUGUGCUGCGUUCAUUGUUAUCCCUUUCCUUUACCUCCUUGCUUCUUUCCCAAAUAAAUUCUGGAAACUAAUCUUUUCAAUCCCCAUGUUAGUGCAGAUUGUGAUGUUUUCCAUGAUUUGACCUGAUGUUUGAAAUUUUAUAGUUGAUUUAGAUAAUGUUGCUUCCUAUUAAGAUUUUGAACUGGUUAAUUAUGUAAUAUUCAGCUCCUUGAUUUAGUGGUGUCAAUUUAUUUACAUUACAUGGUUUUGGUUCUCUAAAAGACAGUCAUUCCUCUGGAUGUCUAUGUUUAUGAUAAUUACACAUUUCGUCCUGGUGGAACUUGGUGUCUGCUGUGUACAAGUUUCUUCUUAGAUGCACGCAUGGGGGCUUGGC